CUAAAAUUUGGCUUUAAUACUGCAGUGGAAAUUGACAUGAAGAUUUCAGCAUUUGAUGUUUAAUGCUGUCCUUAGUGUAACUGCAAAUGGGGAAAUAUUGUUGCGUUUUAGUUUAGUCAAGCCCAGCAACCUGUGACAGUUAUAUAUACAACUUCUCGUGUGAAUAUUUUUCUUUCGAUUUUCGGACUUUCCUUUUCCUUUGAGACAGAGUGCAAUUCUUUAACCUUAAAUUGUUUGAUGAGCAGUCGUAGUUUAUUUUUAUUGUGGCACUUAUUGUUGUGCAAAUAGAGCACAGCGCAUAAAUAAGAGGAAUGGAUCGUUACAAUGAGUUGAAAAUGUUGCUGAAGAACUGGGAGCUGACGUUCGUUCAGGAAAACAAAAGAAAGCCGACUAAGGAUGACAUAGACAGAGCAUCAGAAGAGACUAAAAAUCUGUACAGAGAAUACAGGGAGCUCAAGCAAGCGAGAGAAGAGGGGAGUGUGGGAAAGAGCUGUAAAGAGAAUUCUGGGAAUGUCGGCCAGAAUCCCACCACGACGGGCCAGUCAGGUGAAAAGGAGAUGGAUUGCUGGGGAUCUCACUUGAAUCGCAAAAACAUGCCAGUGUCCACCCAGAGACUGACACCUAAGGACAGUGAUGCGCUCAAGGCUUCAGCCCAGUACUUUGGGAUGAAGCUGAAGUCAAACCUAGGAGCUUCUAUAAAGGACCGGCCAUUUUCUUUAAAGAAGUCUUUUACCCCAAAGACAACGCCUUUAAAGUCAUUGAAAGAGGGCUCUAGUCCAAGAGCUUCAAUGGGCCCAGCAACUCCACAGCUCAAGCCAGCCAACACCAGCCCCAACCUCAGCACCUCAGCAGAAACCUCGGUUCACGAGGAAAGCGAAGAACUAUUUGCACCCAUACCAGGGUUUACACCAUCCAAGAUGAGCUCACCUGCAGUUCUUCCAAAAGAGAAAUUUUGCAACAAAGCCCAUCUCUUGCGUGAAUCCAUCACCAAACGACUGUCUUCAGUGGACAAGGGCUGGCUGGAGCGAUGUCAGGUCUUUGAUGAAGUCGAGAAAACGGAAAAGCCGGUCACCGGCAAUUUGUUGUCUCCCGCUGGCGAAGGAAUGUUGCCGUUGACAGAAGCCAACAGAAACGUGGCUCACCCUAGUCUUUCUGCUGCAGCAGCCCAGCAGAACUCUGCGCUCCUGGGAGAGACUGCUUCCAAGGAGGAACCUUUAACAGUAGAGGGAAGCGUGCAGCUCAGUAAUGGGUUGUCUGCCUCGGAAAUGGACACUUCAGCCCGAAGUGAAUGCACUUUCACAUUCAAGGAUAAUGUUAAAGAAAAAGAAGGUGAAACUAGGCUGACAUUGAAAGAAGAUUGUGGAAAUGAAUCAGGGUUGCCUUCUGCCUGUGUUGCGGCCAAGGAGAGUAAAAAAGAAGUUUCAUACAAAGAAUUGCCUUCCCAGGAUAGGUACAGCCCGGUCAAGAGUGACACAGGCCGGAGAGAGACAGAGAAAAGGAGUAGGAAGAGGCAGAGGGAACCUGGGGCCGGAGGAGAGAAGCCGGCCGAACUUCCAGAGGAAGGCACGGCUAAAAAGAAGAGAAAGACAAGGAGGGAAACUUCAGGCAGCCCCAAGUCUCCCCGUGUGAAGAAGAGCCACGCUAGGCCAUCCCAACGGGAAGAUGGAGAAAAGGAGGAAACUUCUGGCUCAGAAAGAAAGAAACAGAAACAAAAAAUUCCCACAGAGAAUCUCCUGGGAGAAACUGAAGAAGAAAUUCCUGUUUCUACACGGGUUCAGAACAAAGUUAGACCAAGAGCUUCAUCGAAUAAAGACGGCAACUUUGUGAAAAUUAAUCUGAAGAAAAAAUCUCAUGUGAAAGGCUAUGCACUGAAAGGUGCCUUUCUUCGCAAACAGCUGUACAUGGAGAAGUUCCAGCUGAAGGGCGAGCGCUUUGGCGGGGGAGGGGGGCGCAGAGGAAGGUGGGCCAGGGCGGGUCACGGCGGCGACAGCUGCUUCAAGUGUGGGGGCACAGGCCACUGGGCCCGGGACUGCAGGGGCCGAGCUCCUGCCCCUGCUGUGGAGAAUGAGUCAGCGGAAGAGGCCGACGCAGAGCCCUUCGAGUUGCCCACACUGGAGGAGGUAGCUCGGGCCACAAGCACACUGCGCUCUGAUCCCAUUGUGCCCUCCAGCGACGGUCAGGAGGCAGAGUCUCAGGUCAAAGAGGAAGAUGACGUACUGUUGAAUGUGGUCCGACCUGACUACGAGAAGCCCAGUCCCCCUCCGUCCAUGGAGCCUCUCUACAGUCUCGGGGAAGAUGGCAAAGUCAGAGAUGUACCUGAAGAGGUUUAUGAAGCUCUCAGAGACUUUGGUUACAAAUCCUUCAGACCUGGACAGGAAGUGGCUAUCAUGAGAAUCCUCUCAGGUUUGUCUACCUUGGUGGUGCUCUCCACUGGUAUGGGGAAAUCUCUGUGCUACCAGCUUCCAGCCUACCUCUAUGCCAAAAGGUCAAAGAGUAUUGCCUUGGUUGUGUCACCUUUAGUGUCCCUGAUGGAUGAUCAGUUAUCUGGACUUCCUCCAAAGCUCAAGGCUGUCUGUAUCCAUUCUAACAUGACACAGAAACAGAGGGAGGCGGCUAUCAAAAAGGUGAAAGACGGCCAGGUCCAUGUCCUGCUGCUCUCUCCUGAGGCCUUGGUCGGGGGGGGUCACGGAGGGUCGGGCUGCUUGCCCCCGGCUGACCAGCUUCCCCCAGUGGCCUUUGCGUGCAUCGACGAAGCCCACUGUGUGUCCGAGUGGUCCCACAACUUCCGACCUUGUUACCUGAGGCUGUGCAAGGUCCUCCGAGAUCGGCUUGGGGUGCGUUGUCUUCUGGGUCUGACGGCCACCGCCACGCUCGCCACAGCCCUGGACAUAGCCCAACACCUAGACAUCAGGGACAGAGAGGGCAUUGCAGUCCGGUCUGCUGCUGUCCCACCCAAUCUGCAGCUCUCCGUGUCAAUGGACAGGGACAAGGAUCAGUCGCUGGUGUCCUUGCUGAAAGGGGAGCGGUUUGGGUCCCUGGACUCCGUUAUUGUCUACUGCACCCGGCGAGAGGAGACCACCAGAAUCUCUGCUCUGCUGCGCACCUGCUUGCAGGGGGUGAUGCUGAGAGAGUCGUCCAGACCGCUCAGUGGGGAGACGGAGGAGGACACACCAGGGAAGAGGAAGAAAGCUCUCGCCAAGAAAAAGAUCCGCAAGCCCUUGAAGUGGAUAGCGGAGUCCUACCAUGCUGGCUUGUCAGCCGCUCAGCGCCGUAGGGUGCAGAACAACUUCAUGUGCGGGGAGCUGCGGAUCGUUGUUGCGACGGUGGCCUUCGGCAUGGGCCUGGAUAAGUCAGACGUCCGGGGAAUUAUCCAUUAUAACAUGCCCAAGAGCUUUGAGAGCUAUGUGCAGGAGAUCGGCAGAGCUGGGAGGGAUGGAGAGCCAGCCCACUGCCAUUUAUUUCUGGAUCCAGAGGGCAGAGACCUCCAUGAGCUUCGCAGACACAUCUAUGCUGACACAGUUGACUACUUUACAGUCAAGAAACUCGUCCAGAAGGCCUUUCCUCCCUGCAAGUGCAGACAGAUCCACCAGAAGCAGCUGAGCAUGAUGCAGGCUGGAGAGGUGGAUGACCAGGAGAUGCUGGAACUGGCAGAUCCCCCCGUUGACGCAAGUCCCGAGCAAGAGGAGCAGAAGCCAGAGACGAACGAGAACGACCAGCCCGUGUCCCGAGUGUGCCUCACACACGAACGGGCCAUUCCUAUCCAAGAAACGGUGGAGACGCUUGACAUCACAGAGGAAGGUAUAGAGACUAUGCUGUGUUACCUGGAGCUGCAUCCCCAGCAGUGGGUUGAGCUGCUGCACCCCACUCUUUCCAGCUGCCGCCUGGUCUGCUACGGUGGGCCCCAGCAGCUCAGGAAGCUCACCAAAAUCUGCCCGCCUGUAGCUGUGACCCUGGCGCGGAUGCGGCUGUCAGGAGUCCAUGUGGAGCACUGCAGCUCGGUGGAGUUCGAUGUCGUGGAGCUGGCUGACACCAUGGGCUGGGAGCUCGUCCCCGUGAAGAGAGGGCUGAGGCAGCUCCAGUGGAGCAUGCAGAGCGGCUUUCAUGGAUCCAGUGGCACAGGAAGGAGUGGGGUUCUGGUGGAGUUCUCGAAUCUUUCCUUCCACUUCCGUUCCUAUGGUGACCUGACUCCCGAGGAGCUGGAUGGGGUGUGUGAGUUUCUGCAUCGGCGAGUGCUGGCUCAGGAGAGAACGCAACUGUACCAGCUGAAAGCCUGUUUCAAAGCCUUCCGCAGCGUCGCGUAUCGAAACUGCAGCUUCUGCACCGAUGAGAUGGACGAGGAAAGGAGCCUCAAGUUGAAGAAGCUGCUAAGGGACUAUUUCGAUGAGAAGAUGGAUCUAGACCUGAGCAAAAAAUAUGAGGAAGAUAAAGAGAAAGAAGACGAGGAGCUGAGUGAAUCCAAGCUCAAAGACUGGGAAGAUCAGAUUCGAGCUGAUAUCCGAAGCUUCCUUUCCUGCCACAGUGAUGAGAAGUUCUCUGGAAGAGCUGUUGCCCGGGUUUUUCAUGGAAUUGGAAGCCCCUGUUACCCAGCUCAGACAUUUGGCAAGGACAGACGAUUCUGGAGGAAAUACCUUCACUUUGAUUUCAAUGAAAUCAUCCGCAUGGCAACUCAAGAAAUAAUACGAACAAAGUAAAAGUAACUAGACUUCUUAUAAAAGAGACAUUAAAGUGAGCAUGUACCAAGUUGUGAUACUGUAAUAAUUAUUUUACACAUGCUCAAGGGACUUUCUGGCUCAUUUGAACCAGCUAAGAAGUAUAUUUGUAUUUGCAUUUCACAGUUGUUAUAUUAUUGUUUUCAUGUCAUUAUGCA